CUUAUUACUACUCACGACAAUCACUAAGGCACAUCUCUAAGAAGUUAAAAUUUGAGCGUCUUUCUUUUAAAAUUGUUUAAAACCAUAAUACGUGCGAUAAAAAACCCAAGGUACAUGUAAUCUUUAAGACAAUUUGGAACAUGAGCGACAGAGGGAGCGCAGAGGUCGAUGGAGAUGUGGGGGACUCGUCGGACAGCCGUGACUCCGUUCAGCCCGUUGUGCGACAUAGAAAUAGGCAAAGAAUUAUCACCCAGGACGAGGCCUAUAUCACUCCCGCUAACAAUGUAACGGACGGUGCUUCCGUUAGCUCCUUAUCACCGGAACCCCCCGAUUUUUUUGUUGAUGAAGAAUUGGCGGGAUUAGCGCGCCCCUCACGAUGGCCAAGAAUACUCCUGCCGAACGAACCACCAGAAAAUGCCGGAGAAGAUGACGGUAGUUUCGUUUUUUCCGUAUCACCGGAACCCCGAAGACGUCAAUUCAAUUUUUCGGUUGAUGAAGAACUGGCGAGCUUAGCGCGCCCCACACGGAGGACAACAAUGGUCCUGCGGAACCAACUGCGAGAAAAUCCCAGAGAAGAUGACGCAGCGGACGGUAGUUCAAUUGACUCAGCCGAGUCGGUUGGAUCUACAGACCAAGGAGGUAGUUCUGACGAUAUGCAGUUCAUCGACCGACUGAUAUUUGAGGUCAGAGUGGCGAGAGCCUUGAAUGAGAUGGUACAGCCGCAAUAUCUAGAACCCUUAGAAGAGCAAAACGCUCUUCCUCCUGUGGAGGAGGACUCAAAUGAUAAUCCCGAUAUUCAAGAGGUGCCUGACGCCGAUUCAAACCCGCAGGAAGAGCCGCAACCUCCAAUUGAAGCUCCAGCAGAGCCAAACAUAGAAGAUGCCGCUUCAAGACCAAGUACUCCGCGCGUUUCCCGCAGAGCUCAAGCACCGGAACCUGAGGUAAUCUCGUUAGACUCUCCAUCUCCGCCAAAAAAACGCAAGCGCCUGUCUACCGCGAACACAAGCCUGAAAAAGUCACCGGAGAACAAACCCCCCGCAAAUCUUGACGAUGAGGACGACGGCCUGACCUGUCCCAUUUGCUUGGAUUCAUGGGAAAUGAGUGGGGAUCAUCGAUUAGUUUCUCUUCGGUGCGGUCACCUCUUCGGGGAAGCGUGCAUUCGUCGAUGGCUGAACGAGAGCCAACGCCAGUCCUCUGUUAAAGUGUGCCCCCAGUGCAAAACCAAAGCCAGUUAUCGUGAUAUUCGACAUCUGUAUGCCAAGCGCAUCCAAAUGGUGGACACUGAGAUAAAGGAGCAGCUGGAAAUCGAACGCAGGCGUACACAAACCUUAACAACUGAACUGGCCACCGCCAAGCUGGCUCACACACUCACCUCCGAGAAGCUAUUGGCUCUGCAAAGGGAUUACGAUCGGGUCAAGGAGCUUUUGAGGGCUGGAGGCAGUCGAGGAGCCUUUAGCAGCGAUGGAGCCUGUGGUUCCAGUCAGGUGGGCCUAAAUCAACUGGCCUCACACCGGCUUUAUAUGGAGAAGAACUUUGAAAUUACCCGGGAACCAGGCUGCCGGGUGUUGCUAUAUUCCGCCAAGCACUCAAUGCUAGUGGCUUCCCAAAAAAGUGCCCAAAACUUGUUCCCCGGCUAUGGAGUGCGCUUCAUUGACCCGCCAACUUUUAGACCGCUGCACUUUCUACACACCUCGGCUUUGCUGGUCCGGGAUAUUGCCUUUGGCGAGUCGCAGUACAUGCUCACCGUGGCCAGCCGGGAGCCGAAGAUCAAACUGUUUGACAUCCGCUCACGACUGUGCUCAUCCAUGUUCACGGCACACGACAAGAUGCUGUGGUCCUGUGCUCUGGACAGGAACGAGCGGGAGCACUUCCUGUAUGGCGGAGAUCUGCGCGGUGGAGUCUAUAUCUAUGAUACGCGCUUUCCGGAAACAAUACUCAGCGAGUUUCAAGCUGAAGAGAACUUUAGUCCUGUGAUACACAUUGUUGCGGUGCCACCGAACAAGACUUUUCCCAGUGGUGGCUUCCUGGUCUGCCAGCUCACCGCACUGACCUUCUACGAGUAUGAAGCCGCCAGUGAAGCUGCGGUCGCAACCCGGCUCAACGUGGAAGGACCCUUCCUAUCAAUGCAGUACGAUUCCGCACUGGACACGUUGCUGAUCUCUGCGAGAUCCAACCCCAACGCGCCCCAGUCCCGGUUCAUUCUCGGGAAGCUAGCCAAAAUGGACAAUACCCCAGUGUUGAAAGUGUUGGCCACAGUUUUCGGUUCGAAAGCCACACCAAUCAUGACACGACCGACCCAGCUGGGCGUUGAGGACAACACCCUGAUUGUGGGCUACCUUCAGGACACGAAACAGUUGAUGAUGCACGAUGUGCGACGAGAGGAGCGUGUUCAAACGAUGCCUGUGAACGAAGUAAUCUACGAUAUCUGUCCAGUGGCCACCCAGGCGGGAUCCUACUUGGCCGCCCUCACCGACAACAAGUGUCGCGUCUACAAGGUCAACAGUUCAAAGCGAUGAUGCGAGCGCAUGUGUGUGUUUUCCAUGAAAACACCCAAAGAUACUUUUGCUAUUUGAUUUCUGUGAAAUGCUACAUCGAGCUUAAGGAUAGUUCAUAUUGUUAUAAGUUUUCAUAUUUUCCAUUUAUUUUUAAACAUCUUGCGUACAAGUUUUCUCUGAACAUAAAUUUAAUGUACUUCA